AGUUUUAGCUGAUGUUACGUUAAUGUACAGUUUUUAUAAGUUAAAUUCACUCGAUCAGAUGUUAUGAAUUAAACUGGUCCAUCCACAUGCAUACUAGUUCACUUCUAAAGUAUUUUUCAGAUCGCCGCUUGUUCAUAUAUGAACAAACAGUGACUACGUGUAAUCAUAUAGAUUCAUCAGUAUCACGUAUUAUUGUUUAAGAACGGUGAAAGUCUUGACAACAUGAAAUGACUUAAGUUAUCUAGGGAACCGUAAAAGGGGAAAUGGACCCGAACUAAAGCAGAAAUAAAGUUGACUAUAAAGUAAAUAAAGAAGAAAAGUCGAUUUCCCCCCUGACGUCUAUUAUUUGGGAGGAGUUUCGACAGUAAUGUUUGGAGAACUAUGUUAUAUAGGUGUUGAUACACCUAAGUCCAUAUGUUACAUUGAACUGUUCGGGAGAGUAUCAAAUUCUCCGCGUUAGUAAGAACUUUUUUACUCAAACGAAAAAAUAAACUUCUAGUAAUGACGAAUAUCAUCCACAAAAUGCUCAGUGUUUUUCCUACCGUCAUGGUGUCUUAUGUACUUUAACAUGGUUACUUGGGCAGCCAUUUUUAAAAAGGUUUUAUAACUUCCACAAAUUGUAGUAAAUUCCUUCAAAAAACAGGAUCAACUGAUGGGCGAUUCACUGUAUUAAAUGGAGGAGCAUUUGCUAGUCCGUAAAAAUACACACAUUUACGGAUGGUAAAUCAUGCGCGAAGAAUUAUUGCAGAAAUUACAUUCUCUUCAGGAACGCAAACGUCUUAUGUGUUCUCGUUCGAUGAAGAUCCGAGAAGUUGAAUUAAAAAGGAAAAUAAUUAACGAUGUUCUAGAAAUUGUGCCAAAAUCAUCAGCGACUGCUACAUGCCUCCGGGCAAUUGAACUCGAGGUAAAUAAGCAGGAUAUAACUCUGCGACCUUGGAAACAAAGAAAAUUGAAGUCAAUGAAUUCGACAAAUAAGACGUCUCCCCUCGCUUCAGUUGUUAUAAACGCAUCUAAUUCUAAAGACCUAAGUCGUAUUCAUGCUGAGAGUUUACAUAAAGGCACUUUAGAAUGGCGUUUGAACCGCGCAAUCGAUUCUGGGCAGGCUGACCUAGCAGAAAAGAUAAGUGACUCCAUUGGAGAUCAUUUGUUGUCUACAGCUUCUUCCGACAAAAAUAUUCAUUUGACUUUGAGCAAGCAAGAUGAAUACAAAGAGGAAUUAAAAAAUCGGCGACCUGUUUGGCUUUUUCAGGCUAAAGAACGGUGGGAAGCGAAAUCGAAUAUGUAGCAAUGUAGCUACCGCAUCCAACAACAUUGGAGAUUAUACGAGGAUUUUAAAAGCCAACAGUGCUGUUAUAGUUUAAUAAAUUUCUAAGGAAUAAACCAAUAUUUUACGCAUAUUUCACAAUAAUCACCUAUUUACAUAGUACCCAACAUUAGAUGCAUUUUACUUAAAACACCACUUUUGUGUGCCAUGGUUUCAUCUGUCACGUUUCAAAAACCGGACCGUAAAUUUACUUAACUACUGAGUUAUGUUAUUCACUUCUACAAAUUUCAGUUUGUUAUGUACAUGAUAUUCGUUCCCUCUAACUCACAAAAAUUCAGUAGCUUAUGAUCAGAUAUUGCAAUUAAUUGGGUUACCUUGUUAGUAUUGAGAAUAUUUCAUGUUACUUUACUUGUAGUCAUUAAAUCGUAUAUUCUGACUACAUAUGAAACCAGAUAAGUUAUACUAUCGUUAUUAGAUAGGUAAACAUUUCACUACUGGAAGUUUGUACAGACUUGCCCACAAUACGUCGCGGAGUGAUUAGACGGAGAUUACUACAUCUAAAAGCAAAAAUAAAGGUGGUUAAACCAGACUCAUUUAACUUCAGUAGGUUGUUUUUCAGAUUGUCUGCUCUCAGAUUACUACUUAGCUAUCAGUCAGAAGUGUUUCCGGAUCCUACACUUUAUUGACCACGUCAACGUGAAAUUCGAACUGUCUAAACGAGCUUGACAGCACUUUGAGUUGUUUUCAUGUCUGCAGUCAUGUACAAAUCCCAUUAUACCAAUUGGAUUCAACCAGUAUACCUUGAUGUCUGUAGAUAGUCUAGUCUCUAACUUAGAUAAAUAUUCAUCCCCUUAAUAGGUCCUCUGAUAUUGCAGCUUAUUUGCACUAUGAAGAAUAGCUACUUAUAUGAAAUCUCCAAAGUGACAAGUGUGGGCAAAAUAUCACAAGUUUUUCUAUCUUUACUUCGUUGCCAUUCUCAUGAUUAACAAUUCUAUUCUACGUUUCUUUUAUGCACCAGCAAGAUCCAGAAUUUAUAGCCAAUGUUUGUCGAGAAACAUGCGAAUCACAUUCCCAACGUACCACUAAGAUAUCUAAUAAGAAUUACUUUAUAUACGUUCACCUCGGCGAGCUGUUAUCUAUGCAUUUAUUACGAGGGCAUAUGUACUGCUAGGACUAACUAUUAAUGUUUUCAACUAGAUUAAGUAGUUAAUGACUGCAAUCUCGUUUUUAUUGAAAUUUCAGCGGAACUGAUUAACUUUUUACAAAUAGCGCAACAUCUGUCUUUGGAAUUCAAACUCGUUCCAUGCUGUCACCUAUAAUGCUGCAAUAAGUAGUGUCGUGGUUGCAGUAAGUCAUCUUCAUACAAUCAUAUAAUUACACGUGUUCGAUAUCAGAGACUUCAAACUAACAUCUAAAUCAUGUCUGACACAACAUAAACAGACUUAAUCACUUCAGCUUAGCAUAUCGACUUUUAAUAUCCUCACUGAUUGGUAUCAUUUACUAUUUUUAUAACGUCUUGAUUUGUUGCU